CACGUACAGACAUGAGACAUGAGCCAUUCACGCCUCUCUCGCUGACGAAGAAACAACCACAGCAGCCGACAGCCGAAACAUCAGCUGCUGCGCCGCCGUCAGCACCGACUCACCACCGUGACCACCCUCCGCAUCACUGCCCUCCGACAAGCCAUCAUCACUACACGAGGCCCCGCCACUUCCCGAAUGCGAUGAGGAAGACACAAGAACAGGGCUUCUCAUGUCUGCCUUUGUCAACAUCCCCUCUGUCUCCCUCUCCUUGCAGAUGUGCUCGGGCACACCCCAUUUCGCCAGGUCGCGUGUGGCCCUCUGCAGCUUGGUCAGCAGGGAGGGCUGCACGAAUGAUGGUCGUGCUGGUGGUGACGGUGCUGGUGACGGCUUCUGCUCGGCCGCUGCAGGCUCGGCAAUUUGUGGUGGGGGUGGUGCUUCCAGCUCAGCUAGACGAGCAACAAUCGCACGGUGGGCGACCUGUUGAAAGCAGAGGGAGAGACACGAGUAUGCGUGCAUCGGCUCAGUACUGGAUGAGUGGUUGGCUUGGUGGCUGACCUCUCUGAGUCGUGCGGGUCUUAUCCUGUACGGCCCCACACAGAUCGGCCGGUUGUCGGCGCUGGCGUCCGUCAUGAAGGUGGGAUGCCUCUUGGGCGGCAGCAGAGAGGCAGAGGACCCUUCGGGCGGCCUGGAUGCACAGCACACAUCUAUCAAUGUGGGCAUCAAUUGUCUGUCUCUGUCCGUGUGUGUUCGUGUGUGUGGGUGUGGGUGUACAGGAUUGUCUUGCGCCUCUGCCCUUCCUGCUGCGCAGACUCGAUAAAUGCCGCCACAAAGGUCAUCAAGGAUUUGUACAAGGUCUGGGCGAACAGCCAGAAGAGGCCGCUGUCGAUGAAGAAGCAGCAAGUGACGGCCGCACGGGACUGCGCCUUCAGCCGGGCGUGUGUGCGCUCAUCCCUUCGCAAAGCAGCACUCUUGGUGGCCGACUGCACCGCACCAUACACACACGCAAUGCAUCCACAUGCAUCCAUCGGUGUGUGGGUGUGUUGCAACCGACUCAUUCACCUCUGUUUGUGUGCCCCAGAGGAAGUGUGUGGCUCUGUAGUGCAUCAUGAAUUCGCUGCCCUCACGCAGAAGACGGAACAGAGCCGACCGCUCCCUCUGCCUGCGCACCUAUACGGACGGUCAUGAGCAUUACUGUAGUAGAGGGGGAGUGCGUGUGUGGCAUGGUUACUGUGAUGGUCUUGAGCAGCUCCUGGCCGAAUAGCUGUUCGUAAGGCUUCAAGAGGUUGGAGUAAUACGACUUCUGGAUGAACCCGGCUUGCUGCCGGCGCAGUAGACUCGACAGCUCCUUCCUGUGUGGACCGAUGGCCACAGACGUCUCUCUCUCUCUCUCUCUGUGCGUGUGUGUGUGUGUGUGUGUGCCUGGCGGCGGCAACGAAUGUCUUCCACUGCUUCAUGUGUAUGCGUCGCCACACACGAAGGGAAGCCACGCGCACACGCCACGACCGCUGAAUCUGCACACACGGGUUCUCGUAUGGCGUGUGGGCCUAUGUGUGUGUACUCUGUGCGUACCUUCCUCAAACACAGGAGGUAUCUCUUGACCGCCCGCGAUACCUUCCCAGCGGCCGCACAGCCACGCAGGAAGUGAACCAGCAGCCCGACCGCAGCUGCGAGAUACAUUGCGAAUGCACUUUGUGUGUGUGUGUGUGUGUGCAGGUACUGAGUGGGUGUAGGGUCUCCUGCUCGUCUCUCGGUGAGACAGGGGGCGGGGCUGACGGCACACUGAGUGAUCGGAAACGAGCCUGCACGUAGAACGCACACACAGAAGUAUACACACCACACCCUUUUGUGCUGCGUGUGUGUGUACCAUGGCCAUAAGGUGGAAGAAGAUUGCCGUCCACACCAGCUGCCUAUCACGCCUCUCUCCCAGCGCUUUCUCUUCCAUCUGCUUCUGUCUGUACUGCUGCAGGCGGGCUCUGCGCGCCUCCUACACAAAUACACACACACACACACACACAGAGAGAGAGACGUGCGUGUGGGUGGCUGUGCGGGUGCUUUGUGGUCGUGCUGACCUCCCUCUGUUCUCUGCCCAUCUGCUUCUCCCUUUCUAGCAUUGACAGCCGACUGCGAGCACGUUCGUAGCGAACCUGUACGUGUGAUUGUGUGUGUGAUUGUGUAUUGGGCAUUGAAUGGGCAUACACACACCUUCUUAAGAAGGCCAACGGACUUGGCCGUGGUCUGUGCGCGCUUGUCCUUCCACAGCUGCAGCCUUGCCUGACACCUACCAGCAGGCAGGCAAGCGGCUUGGUGGUGGUCGCUUGUGGUCUCUUUCGAAUCUGUGUCUCUCUCACUCACAGAGAGUCGAAUCUCUUGGAGCUCCUCCUUCUCCGAUGAGGCACACUGAUGCACACACCCACACCCACACCCACACAGCCACGCACAGAGAGAAAGGUACAGUGCACACGCCUUCGUGUGGGCAAGGUAACAUACCUUCUCCCCCGCUUCUCAAGGUCGCGGAAUCUCGGUGUGUUGGCGAACGUCACUGCGCCGGUGGCGUGCUCGGCGAAGGACGACGUGAGGGCGGGCGGGGACGGCCCUGAUGAUGUCUCAGGCCGCUGAAUGACACACACACACACACACACACAUGUGUCUGUAUCGGUGGGUGUCGGUGUGUUUGUGUGUGGCACACAGGCGGCUGUGCGCGUGUGGCGCGGUCGAAAGAGAGAGACGGGGCGCGGGUGUAGAGGACGCUGUGCGUCAUUCUGUGUGCCCAUACACACAGAAGCAGGCAGGCAGGCUGACAUGCCAUUGAUUCCUGUCACAUGCGUGUAGCUACUUGUAUUCGCCAGGCCCUGGUGUGGUUGGGAACCGCCUCGGGUGCAGGAAGUAAUCCCUGCCAGCACAGCCCCGUCCAGUCCAUGAAGAGUCCGUUUGCGAGGGAUGGGCCGGCUCACUGACUGGUGUGUGUCUCUGGGUGUGGCGGGCACCGAGUGGCACCCCCUCUCUCCUUCAAGCCGAUCGCGGGCCCUUGCCACAUUGUACACACCUACACACACACACAUACACACACACACGCCAGAAGUGACACACACAUUUGUGCGCCCCGUCCCAUCCACCGACCUGGCCCCACCCCGGCAGACACGACACUCUGCCGCGCAGCCAGCUUGGUGAAGGGCACUGGCUGCUGCGGACGGGGCCUGUUUGGGUUGGAUGCCACACAUGAGUUCAGAUGAGUAGAUGUGGGUGGACGGACAGAGAGGCACUGUGAGUGAGUACUCACGUUGUCAGAAGUAAUGCAGUGUCGAGGUUGUACCUGCCGGGGCCAAGGGCGCCGCUGCACACAUCAACAAACCCAUCCACACACACAAACACGUACACACACACACAUGUGUCUGUAUCGGUGGCUCGUGGAAGCGUACGUACGUCUUGCCCGCUGGCGUGCGCAGUCGUGGUGGGGGGAAUGUGUGUGCAGGCGACUGCACCCGGCCGCCUGACACAUGACCUGCACCACACACACACACACACACGCAUCCAUACCGACACCGGUGACGUGCGCUGCGCACAUUCGGCCCGGUCUGCGUGGUGGAAAAGCAGCGGGUGCGCAUUGGCAGACACCGGCCGCCGCGUAUCGGCAAACCUGUUGGUGUGCUUACAGCACAGAGAAGCACGCACGUUGCCAACACACAACCCCCCGCACCAACCAACAUUGUUGAUUUGAGGUGCUGUGUGACGUCACCUGGGCGUGGUGUCCAGGGCGAUGUGCGUGACGCCGCCCCUUGCUGUAAGAGGCGCUGCUGGCACGUCGGCAGAAGCAGGAGACGUCUUGCCGGUCUUGGUGCUCACGUCAGUGCCUGCCGAGAACGGCCUGCAACACCACACCGAGGGAGGGAGACAGAGAGAGAGGGGAAUAGAGAAUGCUCUGUCUUUCCGCCCACCUGCUGACAAUGAGUGUUUUCCCCUUCUCAUCAGGUGUCCCUUUGUCCGGUGUCCAUUUGUGGUGAGUGUCAGCACUGUCAAUACUGUCGAUAUCGAUGGUGAGGCGGUCUCUUAGGGCCUGGUAGUGCACAGAAGCGUUGUGGGUGUAGCGAGGGGAUGAACCGAAAGGCAGAGUCUGUCUUUCCAAUUCAAGCACACAUCACCCCCACACACACCCACACAUAGGGUGUCUCUGGAGACAGGCAGGCAUUCCUUAUGUAUAUGUGAUGGGCUGUGCCUACCUUUUCGUUGGCCGGUCCUUGUCUGAGCAGCUGCAGGUGCACCUGGUGCCUCCACGAGUCAAACCCAGCUCCCUUGCUCGCAUCACGCUUGUCACUGUCCUCCUCUUCCUGGGCGUGCGACUGGUCAAUGGGGACUGCACGCACAAAGACAGACAGACAUGCACACACACACAGCAGGGCGGCGUCACAUCCACACACAUACACCUACCCACAGUCUGAGCAGGGGGUCGUCGUCUCGCGAGACACACGGUGAACUCCUCCCCGCAGGCCGCCCGCACCACCCGCCAUCCGUCCAUCGCCGUCACGCGACCGGGCACCGACGAACCACUCACCAGUGGACCAAGGCCAAGCUGAGCCCGGUUCGACUCACCUAAAUGAAUGUGUCACACACCUGGGGAGAGAAGGAGGGGCGUUCUUGGCUGCUUGCUUUGCCUACUUACCGGCAGCAUAGAGGGUGUGUGUGUCGUCGAUGAAGACGCUGUGGGAGCGGCCGCAGGCUAUAGACCGGAUUUUGGUACCUGCAGGGAGCAUACGGUGGCCUGUAUGCAGCGAGUGCAUCGUGGGGCUGGGAGGAAGGUACUGUACCUUACCUGUCUGGCUGAAGAGUGACGGCUGUAUCAGGUGUGGCAGGUACUGGUCGGUGAAAUGCCCUACGCCCAGCUGGCCCUGCGUGUGUGUCUAUCAUUCUUUCUGUGUCUCCGUCUGUCUCUCUGUGUGUGUCUCAGUCAGUCACCGUGUUGUUCUUGCCAAAAGCGAAAACCUUCCCCUCAGCAGUGAGGGCCAGUGUGUGUGCCGAUCCGCACGCCACAUGCGUCACCUGCACAUACACACACACACAUACACACACAGAGGGCUGGGUGGAUGGAGGGGGGCACGGGAGUGAGCACCGACUCACUCACCUUUGGCUCACCUUUGGCCCACUCGUAGAGAAAAGGCCCAGCUCUUGCGGCGUCAUGACUUGCUUGCCGACAUACGGGCCGUCGUCCAUCGGAUCUAGCGGCACCUGCAGACAGACAGACAGACAGCCACCUCUGCUGGCUGAAUGACAUCCCAUUCCUUACGUGGGAGGGCAGCCCCAGACGGCCGAAGGAGCCCUCACUGAGCAGCGAGGCGACAGUUAAGACACAAUGAAUGACUGUCGGUGGAUCGAAUAUAUAUUGGUGUGUCCGUCCAGUCGAGUCCAGUAAGUCCCUACCUACCCGAAGACAAACACGCGAUGGGCCCUCGUGACGCACACAGUGUGGUGAUCACCACCUGACACACGCCAUGAGUGACACGCACACGAGUGUUCGUGUGCUGUCACAGCAGAGGUGUCUCUCCCUCCUUCCCUCCUCAGCUGUCUACACACAGACCACAUACACGCUGCGGCGCGCAGCUCGCCCAUUGAGCGGAGGGGGGCAGGUGUGGCGGCCUCAAGCACGUCCCUCCCUAAGCCAAGCUGGCCAAACCUGUGUUGCGUGUGAACCAGUCAAUGGUUCAGUGUGUGUGUCUUGGUUGAAGUAAGUUGUGUGUGGUCUCAUCUCCCUCACUGGUUGGAACCCAUGACGAACGCAUGGUGAGCGGUCAACAAGACAGCGUGGGUGGCCUGCAUAGCAGACCCCCACACAGACACACCAGACACACCACAUGGGCCCAACACAGACAGACGUCCUUCCGCUCUUCUCGUCUCACCCACCCCCAUAGCAACGCUGUCGACCGGUGCGCACAGCUUCAGGUGUCUCACAUUCCCGGCGCUCUUCUGCUGUGGGCCGAUGAAUGUGCUCCUGCGUAUGGAUGAGUGGCGGGAGGAGAUGAAGAUUUCCGCCGUUGUCUCUUGGGACACUUUGCUGCCUGCAACAGACAGAAGAGUGGACGGACGAUUUGCGUGUGCGUGUGUGUGCCUCUCUCUGGUGCACUGCACACCUUUGCUGAGAGGCAGGACAUCGCUCUUGCGAUGGUGGGAAGCAAUUGCCUGUCGGCACACUCAGACAAGCACCGCAUAUGUGUGUGUGUCUUGGAUGGGAUGCCUACAUUGUGCGCACCGCUGCUUUGUGUGAGUGUGCCGGUCCCUCCUCUGCGUGCUGUCUUCUCUUCUGUCUGGCUGCUGGCUCAAACAGCACUACACUGCCGUCCUUGAGCACCGCACUCAGCAGGUCGCUGUGCCCGCCAAACACACACGCCGGCCUCGCUGCCAAGAAACCACCACACACAGACAGACAGACACACACAUCGGUCUGUCUGUCUGUCUGUCUGGCUGGCUCUCUCUGUGUCUGUGUGUGUCUGCAUCUCACCUAGCUACUUACAUGUCUUGUCGGCCGCCGCGAGGUGUGUCGGGGCGUGGAAGCCGUCCACCCCCCUCCCCCAGCAGAACACACUCCCCGACUCGCCCACCACUGCACACGCACGCCUGCAGUGAAUGGAAUUAAUGGGUGAUCGAGCGCAUCGGGUACAGUACACAAAAAUGUCAUGUGCCCUUCAUGAAGCGUGUGGUGUGCAGGGCAUGGGAUGCGAGAGAGAGAGAGUGGGGUAAUGUACCUUACCUACCUGGCACACGCGACAGACACUGUCUGUUCAGUGUUGUCGUGUGUAAAUGGCGGGUCCACCCUUAUCGGCGGAUACACGUCACGCAGGCCAUCAGCAGCGGGCCUGCACACACACACACACAAAGAGAGAGAGAGAGAGAGAGAGAGAGAGAUGGACACAAGGACCACCCAGCAUUCAUCACUUCUGAACAAUUAAGCUUGAACACACACAAACAUACAGUGCAGUACCCGCACUCCCUCCUCCCGAAGAAGAAGACCGACAGCUGCUGGCAGUGCUGGGAUGAGUCCGGUGAGGGGAUAACAGUGUGCAGGCCAGCGGGCGGCUGCUCACCCCCGCCCUCACUCCUGGUGGAGGGGCUGCUGCCUGACACUGAAGGGGACGCCGACAUGCGCAGAACACAAAUCGGUGUGGGCAACGUGGGG